GGCCGAUUUUCUUAUCGUACGCUCCCCCUCCGAUCAUAAAACCUUCUCCUCUAAGCCUACGCACCCUUCUGGCUCUCUUGUCGCGGCUUCUUUUUAAUUUUUUGAAAAAAAGCCCUCCUCCGCCCCUUCGUUUUACCCUACGCACCACCAGCUGCAGGAUUUGUGAAAACACUGAUGGCCAAUCUUUCGGGUCUCAAUACUUCCGCUGGUGCAAAUCCAAAUCCGAACAAGUCAUUUGAGGUGGUUCAGCCUCCUACUGAUUCUGUUUCUAGCCUCAGUUUUAGUCCCAAAGGCAAUUACCUUGUUGGUACUUCUUGGGACAAUCAGGUUAGAUGUUGGGAGGUACUCCGGACAGGAAGCAGCAUGCCAAAGGCAUCAAUAUCGCAUGACCAACCUGUUCUGUGCUCAGCUUGGAAGGACGAUGGAGCAACAGUAUUCUCAGGAGGGUGUGAUAAGCAGGUCAAAAUGUGGCCUUUGAUGUCUGGUGGCCAACCCAUGACAGUGGCCAUGCAUGAUGCACCUGUUAAAGAGAUUGCUUGGAUUCCAGAAAUGAAUCUCCUUGCUACAGGAAGCUGGGACAAGACUUUGAGGUAUUGGGAUACUAGACAGCAAAAUCCAGUGCACACCCAACAACUCCCAGACCGCUGCUAUGCACUAACAGUUCGACAUCCGCUGAUGGUUGUCGGCACUGCAGAUCGGAAUUUGAUAGUUUUUAACUUACAGAAUCCUCAGACCGAGUUUAAGAGAAUAAUUUCACCUCUCAAGUACCAGACAAGAUGUGUCACUGCAUUUCCUGAUCAACAAGGAUUCUUGGUGGGGUCUAUAGAGGGUAGAGUUGGCGUACACCAUUUGGAUGAUGCCCAACAAAGUAAAAACUUCACUUUUAAGUGCCACAGGGAAGGGAAUGAGAUAUACUCAGUCAACUCACUGAACUUCCAUCCUGUACAUCAUACAUUUGCUACAGCGGGAUCUGAUGGUGCUUUCAAUUUUUGGGACAAAGACAGUAAACAAAGACUUAAGGCUAUGUCUCGAUGCAGUCAACCUAUCCCUUGCAGCGCUUUUAACAAUGAUGGUUCCAUUUUUGCAUAUGCGGUGUGCUAUGACUGGAGCAAGGGUGCAGAAAAUCACAAUCCAGCUGCUGCAAAGACUUCCAUUUUCCUCCACACGCCACAGGACUCCGAAGUCAAAGGGAAGCCGAGACUGGGAACCACUGGUAGAAAGUGAAGUUGCAUCGAAAGGAAGCGCUGGUGCCUUUGUAAAUGGCUUUCUUUUUCUUUUUUUCUUUUAUACUUCUGAAGAAAUAGGAGUUCUGUAUGUUGUUUCCCUUUCUUGUUUUGGUUUUUUUUUUUUUGGGUCUGGGAUUUUGGUAAAUCCCUGUUGUCAGGAUAUGAUUGCAGGUGGGGUGUGGAUUAUGCAGCUGGACUGUAGAGCUGGAUGCUUUCUGGGGUUAAGGUAGCUAGGAAUUCAUUUGAGCUCUUUUGCUUAUUCAGGGCUGUUGAGUCUGAGAAGUGGGGUUUUAUAGUGUUGCUGAAAAUUCAUUUGCUCUGAUGUUGUUUCUGAGAUCCAUCUACAGGUUCAAGCAGUAUUUUGUUAUGUGCCUCA